AUGGAGGGGAGAGGCCGGGACAGGCCGGGGGAAGGGGACAGCGCGUUGGAGACCGCUCAGGAGCGCCGGGAGCGAUGGCGCAGCGUCUACAUCAUCUACUUCACUAUGUUCCAGAUGUCAUUGGGCUUCAGUAUAGUGCUGACUGGCGUUUGGCCUUACCUUGACAAGUUGGAGCCUGGUUCCAAGAAAGAGGUGCUGGGAUUGGCGGUGGGGGCGCACCCUCUAGGCCAGUUACUAUGCUCCCCACUGUUGGGCUUGUGGGCCAACCGCGCCGGCAGCGCGCGGGCCCCACUCCUGGCCUCUCUAGGCCUUUCAGUGGUAGCCAGCACGUUGUACGCCCAGCUGCACCUCACAAGACCCCACGCCACCUAUUGGAUGGUGUUCGCCAGGUUUCUCGUAGGAGUUAGCUCGGCAAAUGUGGCAGUGGCGAGGUCUUACCUAUCAGCAGCGACGUUAGUAAGCGAGCGAACUCGGGCUGUUGCAUCAGUAUCAUUGGCCCAAGUCCUAGGCUUCGUGGUGGGCCCCGCACUCCAGGCCGCAGUGGCGCCCCUGGGCCCCGGGACCCCCUACCCGCCCUCAGGGGAGUCGGGGCCCCUACUCCGCUUGGACAUGUACACAGCCGCUGGGUGGACCAACGCGAUAUUGGGGCUUGUAAACUUUGUGCUACUGCUGCCUUGGUGUUUCAAAGAACGCACCAUAGCCGCUCGCGAAGCAAUGCUCGCGCAAGGAAAGAACUCUGAGAAAGAAGCUUUGAAAGCAAUGAAGCCUGAUCUCAUAAGCAGCUGGACUUUGGUGGCUGCAUUCUUCGUGCUAGUCUUCAACUUCGUGUUGCUGGAGACCCUGGCGACUUCUCUCACCAUGGACCAGUUCGCUUGGAGCAAGAAGCAAGCCCUGGAGUACAUGGGAGCGCUGAUGAGCGGUGGAGCGGUGCUCGCUUGUGCUACCUUCGCUCUGAUAACGCCACUUACGAAGUUCUUUGAAGAGAGAGCUUUACUACUUUGGGGCGGGUUCUUACUGACGGGCGUGGCGUCAGUACUCUGCAUCCCGUGGGGUCCGGGUCCUCCACCAUUAGCGCCUAUGAACGCAACGGAGGCGGGCGGCGGCUGCCCGGCGGCGCAGCAGCCCUGGUGCGAAUACUCCCGUGGGCUGACCCUCACGCAGUUCUUGCUGGCGUAUGCGUGUGUAUCGGUGGGCUACUCACUUGGUGUGACGCUCAUACAGACGAUAUUCUCGAAGGUGCUGGGGCCGAGGCCGCAGGGUGUAUGGAUGGGCGUGCUGACCGGCGCUGGAUGCGUGUCACGCGCCCUUGGCCCCGUGUUCGUGGCCGCGGUAUACGCGCGCCGCGGCCCCGACGCCACCUUCGGCAUCACCGCGGCGCUCACAUUCGCCGCGCUAGCUGCUCUCCGCUGCGUGUACAAGCGACUGCGGCCACCACCCCCACCCGCUAUCGCUGCAAACGCGCCCGCGCAGGAACUCACCGCGCUCGUCAAUGGUGACGCGGCCCCUGACAGCGAAGACGCGGAGAAAGGAAACGGCUCGGCCGUAAACAUCACCGCGGCGUUAACAUUCUCCGCGCUAGCUGCUGCUGCAGACGAAUCCGCUCAGGAACUCACCGCGCUCAUCAAUAAAGACGCGGCUCCUGAUACUGAAGACGCGGAGGAAGGAAACGGCUCGGCCGUGAACAUCACCGCGGCGUUAACAUUCUCCGCGCUAGCUGCUGCUGCAGACGAAUCCGCUCAGGAACUCACCGCGCUCAUCAAUAAAGAAGCGGCUCCUGAUACUGAAGACGCGGAGGAAGGAAACGGCUCGGCCGUGAAGUCUUGA